UCUCUCAUUUUCAAAUUGGCCGCAGUUCAAUCAGACAGCCCAGAGGCGUAGGAUCGUUGUAGGCUUCUUCACACACAGGGAACACUAAGCUGACUCCCCACCAUUUCUUUCCUCUCCCCCAGGCUAACAUGUCCACUUUCGAGCUCCUUUGUGGCUUUUGUUUCUCCCUCUGACUCCUCUGCCCACCUCCCCGUCGCUGCUGGAUUAAAUCAAAAAGAGAGCGAGCGUGAGAGAGCAAUGCAACAUCGGACCCGAGUGCUCUCCCCUUACUGAUUGCAACGAUUGUCCCCCAAGCGCAAGCCGCUUUUGUUCAGCGAGGAAACGUCGCAAAGGUCUGCAUCCACUGCGAGAAGCGCGGAGCCACUGGAGCUCUCGACUUGGAGGCUCUCGGCCAUAUAACCAGGAGAACCAUGUCCUCAUCCAGGUUCAAGAAAGAUAAAGAGAUCAUCGCGGACUACGAGACCCAAGUGAAAGAAAUCCGUAACCAGUUGGUGGAGCAGUUCAAAUGCUUGGAGCAACAAUCGGAAUCCCGCAUCCAGUUGCUGCAGGACCUGCAGGAGUUUUUCCGUCGCAAGGCAGAAAUCGAACUGGAAUAUUCCCGCAGUUUAGACAAACUCUCCGAGAGGUUUUCCUCCAAAAUCCGCAGCUCCCGGGAACACCAGCAGUUCAAGAAAGACCAGCACCUGUUGUCCUCUGUGAACUGCUGGUACCUGGUGCUGAACCAGACCAGACGUGAGAGUCGUGACCACGCCACCCUCAGUGACAUCUACACCAACAACGUCAUUCUGCGCUUGGCCCAGAUAAGCGAGGAUGUCAUCCGUCUUUUCAAGAAGAGCAAGGACAUUGGCAUCCAAAUGCACGAGGAGCUGGUGAAGGUGACCAAUGAACUCUAUACUGUGAUGAAGACAUAUCACAUGUACCACACGGAGAGCAUCAACGCCGAGAGCAAACUGAAGGACGCAGAGAAACAGGAGGAGAAGCAGUUCAGCAAGUCGGGGGAUCUCAACGUGAACCUCCUUCGGCAUGAAGACCGCCAGUCCCGACGCAGCUCUGUUAGGAAGAUCGAGAAGAUGAAAGAGAAGAGGCAAGCCAAGUACUCAGAGAAUAAGCUGAAGUGCACCAAAGCUCGCAACGACUAUUUGUUGAACCUGGCAGCAACAAACGCGGUGGUGGCCAAAUAUUACAUCCACGAUGUCGCCGAUAUGAUCGACUGCUGCGACCUGGGAUACCACGCUAGCUUGGCGCGGACCUUUCGGACCUACUUGUCAGCAGAGUACAACCUGGAGACGUCUCGCCACGAGGGACUCGAUGUCAUCGAGAAUGCGGUGGACAAUUUGGACUCUCGCAGCGACAAGCACAAGCUCAUGGAUAUGCAUAACCAAGUGUUCUGCCCUCCAAUGCGCUUCGAGUACCUGCCGCACAUGGGAGACGAGGUGUGCCAGGUGAGCGCCCAGCAACCCGUCCAGACUGAGCUCUUGAUGCGCUACCACCAACUACAGUCCCGCUUGGCUACACUGAAGAUUGAGAAUGAAGAGGUGAGGAAAACCUUGGACGCUACCAUGCAAACUCUGCAAGACAUGCUGACGGUGGAGGAUUUUGACGUGUCCGACGCAUUCCAACAUAGCCGCUCCACUGAAUCCAUCAAGUCCCUGGCCUCCGAGUCCUACAUGAGCAAGAUGAAUGUAGCAAAAAGGAGAGCCAACCAACAGGAGACUGAAAUGUUCUACCUCUCGAAAUUCAAGGAGUACCUGAAUGGCAGCAACCUCAUCAUUAAGCUGCAGGCCAAGCAUGACUUACUCAAGCAGACCCUUGGCGAAGGGGAAAGAGCUGAAUGUGGAACCACGAGGCCCCCCACCCUUCCCCCUAAACCUCAGAAAAUGCGGAAGCCUAGACCGCGCUCCGUCUAUAACCAUAAGCUGUUUAACGGCAAUUUGGAGACCUUCGUCAAGGAUUCAGGCCAACCAAUUCCACUUGUGGUGGAGAGCUGUGUCAGAUACAUCAACCUCUACGGCCUGCAGCAGCAAGGCAUCUUCCGAGUGCCUGGAUCGCAGGUGGAAGUGAACGAUAUUAAAAAUUCAUUUGAAAGAGGAGAAGAUCCCUUAAUAGACGACCACGACGAACAUGAUAUCAAUUCAGUGGCAGGAGUGUUAAAGCUGUACUUCCGAGGCCUGGAGAACUCCCUCUUCCCAAAGGAGCGUUUCCUAGACUUCAUCUCAACCAUCAAGUUGGAGUCGGGAGCAGAGAGAGCGCAUCACAUCCAGCAGAUUGUUGUGACGCUGCCUCGGACCGUCAUCGUUGUCAUGAGAUACCUUUUUGCUUUUCUCAAUCAUCUCUCCCAGUAUAGCGAUGAGAACAUGAUGGAUCCAUACAACUUGGCCAUCUGCUUUGGUCCCACGCUGAUGCCAAUUCCCGACAGUCAGGACCCGGUGUCAUGUCAGGCGCACGUGAACGAGGUCAUCAAGACUAUCAUUAUACACAAUGAAGUCAUCUUUCCCAGUCUACGUGAACUAGACGGCCCAGUCUAUGAAAAGUGCAUGACCGGCGGUGAGGAAUACUGUGACAGUCCUCACAGUGAGCCAGGAACUCUUGAUGAAGCUGACAAUGGAACUGAACCUCACACAAGUGAUGAAGAGGUUGAACAAAUCGAGGCCAUCGCUAAAUUUGAUUACGUGGGCCGCAGCCCAAGAGAGCUGUCAUUCAAGAAGGGAGCAUCUCUGCUUCUCUAUCACCGGGCAUCCGAAGACUGGUGGGAGGGCCGACACAACGGCCUGGAUGGCCUGAUCCCUCAUCAAUACAUUGUAGUGCAAGACGUGGAUGAUGCCUUCUCAGACAGCCUCAGUCAAAAAGCAGAUAGUGAAGCCAGCAGUGGGCCACAACUGGAUGAAAAAAGCUCCACCAACAAUGACGGUCCCUCACCAUGUGAGCAAUCACCCGAUUACGGCUUUGGAGGCGUCAUGGGCAGGGUCCGAUUGCGUUCCGACGGAGCGGCGAUUCCUCGCCAUCGCAGCGGUACAGACACUCAGAGUCCAACCCGAGUUCCUGACACGCCCCCGCGGGCCGCUGCCUGUCCCGGCAGUCCCCACAAGAUGUCCGUCAACAAGGCGCGGAUGGAAAGCCCAGAAAAAAGGCGACUGGGGACCUUCGGUAGUGCAGGAAGUAUAAACUAUCCAGAAAGGAAGGCCUAUCCUGAUGGCCAUCCACUGAGGCCGAUGUCAGGGGCCACUCGCCAUAGUAGCCUUGGGGACAACAAGUCACUUGAAGCUGAGGCUCUGGCUGAGGACAUCGAGAAGACCAUGAACACGGCGCUCCAUGAGCUUCACGAGCUGGAGCGACAGAACUCUGCCAAGCAGGCUCCCGAUGUGGUCCUGGACACCCUGGAGCCAAUGAAGAACCCAGUGAGCUCCGAGCCCGGCAGCCCUUUGCACACCAUCAUGAUCCGUGACCCAGAUGCGGCCAUGCGCCGGAGCAACAGUUCCACCUCGGAGAUGAUGACCACCUUUAAGCCGGCGCUCUCGGCGCGGCUCGCCGCUGGCGCUCAACUGCGCCCGCCGCCCAUGAGGCCGGUACGCCCCGUUCCCACCCAGCACCGCUCAAGCAGCUCCAGUUCUUCUGGGGUGGGCAGCCCAGCUGUAACACCCACUGAUAAAAUGUUUCCCAGUAACAACACGGCAGCCGGGCCCGGCAUCAACGUGUCCACCGAUGGUGCUGACAAAUCUGGUACCAUGUAGCGAAGGUUCAAUAAUAGGUCUGGAAAUGAGACUGCAACUCCUGAUUAUUAUUAUUUUUUUUUUCGUUACUGAUUUAAUCUGUGGAUCAGAAAGUAGAGCUGAGGGGUGGGCAAAAUUCCCUGCAGCUCAGGGAGAUCACAGUCUAAAAGGCAAAAUCACCUCAUUAAAGAGUAGAUGAUGAAUGAACACUCCGGAUCCAAAAGGAACAGAGGUAAUGUUGGGUUAUUUAUAGACGGUGCAUUGGAUUGAAGAUUUCAAUCAGCAGGUUGAGUUAAGUCGAGUCUGGUUGAUAGUUACCACUACUGAUGUGGUACAAAAUAAUAAAACAUAAUUUUCUUCUAUCAGGGUUCGCCACAGUCACUCUCAUGCCAUAUUUGGUAGUUUUCACUCCUGGUGCCUCUCCGGCACAUGUAGCUUACCCAUUUUCCGUUGUUAAAUGCUACUUUCAGUUGAUCUACUUCAACUUCAGUCUAUAAAUCUGUCCAAAAUGGCGACCAGCUUCAGCUCUUCAGCCCUCUCAAAACCAAUCCUCAAUCUAGUGUCCUGGGUCCAAAUAAUGGACCCAACCUUGGGUAAAAGUACCCCAAUUUGCUCAAAAUUCACACUCACCAGUGAGUGGGUUGGAAAAACAAGGCGGAAUUUAUAGUGUGAUACUGUAAACAAUGCAAUACAAUACAAUACAAUACAAUACAUGCUGAUUUAUAUAGCGCUUUCACAACAGCGGCAGCUGUAACAAAGCGCUUUACAAAACAGUUAACAUAAAGUAAAAUAAUAAACACAACACAUAACAUAAAACACGGACAGUCGUGCAGUCCGAACCACUUUUCCAUCCCACGCUUUGUUGUUUGAAGCAGUUUGAGAUGAAAGAGGAGAGAAUCAAAGUGUCCUUUAACCAGUGGAUCAGAGAUGUCAUGCUCAAAAAGUGCACACGUUGGCUACAAGCUAAGUUUCAAAGUCAACAAGAAGCUGUAGGAUCCAUUGACGAAAAAAGAGAUUGGUUCACUUCUCCUGUCCCAUGGAAAUCCAUAUCACCGGAACAGAAUUCCCGUUUCCACCAUGAACUUCAGCUCGACAGAUGCCAUGUCUGCGCUUCAUGCGGUAAUGUUUAUUGGGGACACAUGGGGGGUAUCAUAACGGAGGACAAAAUCGACACUUUGAGGUCCAGUGUUCAUUGUUGUGUUUGAGAAGAUAAAACAGCUUUUUUUUUUUUUUUUGCUGGAUGCCCUUCAAGAAAAACAGUUGCAGAUGAAUUUCCCGUAAAACGGCUUGUUGCCGCUGACGUCGUUUGGCUUUCCAAACGCUCCGGCAAAUGUGCGGUAAAGCGAUGCAUUUAUCUCUGUUUUCUGCCUGACUUCAUUCAUAUCUGUCGGAAGCUCCUGUCGUGAAGGGUUGUCAUGGUGACACGGGUGGGGGCGGGAGAAGGCUGCACAGGUGGAAUAGCGUCAACCUAACCACAGUACAUGUGUGCAGACAUUAUGCAUAUGUAUCACUUUUUACCUCAAGCUCAAUUUACUAAAUCUGCGUCCGUGGAGUCCGUUGAUGGACUUCCCAGUGCUGCUUGAAUGCAUCAUUUGGACUAAUGAGGACAUCAAGGCACACUGGGGGGUAGAGGGGGGAAAAUGCGACAAUGUGCUUGUUAACCGGUGGAAGCAUCGUGCUGUGCUGUAACAGCACACGUCAAAACUGUCACAGUGUCUGUCAUGUGCGCCCUGCAUAUGACGGACACAAGUAAUGAAUCUACUAAUUGCUUUAGUAAAUACAGUUGGUUUUUUUUUUUCUUUGUAAAUGUUUUGAAUUUGUCUCGACCUAAUACUGAAAAGGGAGAUGAUGGACAUGAAGGGUACUUGAAAAUAUCUCAACCAAACAACUCGGUACAAAACAAACAUAUUCUCUUGCUUUGUGAAAUCAUCUACCCCGCUGUCGUGUGUGCUGUGAAUCCAGUUGCUCAGUGUACGAUACUAAGUUGAAUCGAUUCACACUUAUAUUCUUGAUCAAAAAAAUAUCGGGAAAAAAACUUGAAUCAUUUCAGAGUAGCACGGUGUCAUCAACAUCUGCUUAAAUUAGGAGAUUGGGGUUCGAACGUGGGCUCUGGCCUUCCUGUGUGGAGUUGGAUUCUUCUCCCCCGUGCUUGCGUAGGGAUUUCUCCAUCUGCUCCGGCUUCCGUCGUCAUCAUAUAAACAUGAAAGUUAGGUUCAUUGAAAACUAAGUUGUCCAGAGGUGUGAAUGGCUGACGACCAGUUCAGGGUGUAAUCUGCUUGUUGCCCAAAUUCAGCUGGCAUAGGCUCCCGCUCACACGUACGAGUGAGGAAGGGUCGCACAAAAAAAUGGAUGGAUGAACUGUCUCAUGUUCUACAAAGCAUUUUAAGUUGAAAAUGAUCCAUAUACAAAAGAUUGCUAAAAUGGAGGCCGGGCGUCACACUGUCAGUUAAGUUCAGUUCAUUAACAAUGUCAAGUUUUGAGUGCAGCAGCAUUUGUUAAAUCAAUUGUUCUGCUCUAAUUUUGUUAAGAGUGUAACGACUUUGAUCGAUAACAACUCUGGAGUCGGCAUCUGCUUUCUGUUGUAAUGUAAUGUAAUUGUUGAAAUGCUUUUAUGAUUGGCUGCAUUAGGGCAAACUUUUCACUCAAAACAUUUCAAUUAGACUUUGGCUGAUAUUGACCAAUUAAUCCACUUGUAGCAAGUAGCGCACAUAUAAAAAUGUAUGAUACUCAAGCAUGCAAACCAGGCACUUUCUCAGUGUAAAAUGUUCUUUUAUUUCCUGCCAUGUACUGCCAAAAAAUAGGCAGCACUGUGUGGUUUGCAUGUUCUCCCCGUGCCUGUGUGGGUUUUCUCCGGGUACUCCGGUAUCUUCCCACAUUCCAAAAACAUGCAUGACAGGCUGAUUGGGUACUCUAAAUUGUCCCUAGGUGUGUUUGUGAGCACGGAUGGUUGUCUGUCUAUGUGUGCCCUGCAAUUGGCUGGCAACCAGUUCAAGGUGCCCCCCCCCACUACCCGAGGACAGCUCGAAUAGGCUCCAACACGCCCGCGACCCUUGUGAGGAUAAAAAUGGAUGGAUGGAUAAUGUCAAAAAUAGACCAUCCUCAGCUUUCUGUUAUGCUGGCCACCUGCGCUCUCUGCUGGUUGCUGAUGGUACUGUCUCGUCACGCAGCACAGCCAGUUCAGCUCAACUUGUAAAAAGAUAUACUUCAGUUAUGUAUGCCUUUGUCACACAAGACCUUUGCACCAAUUAAAUUGUAUGUACAAAAUAUGAGAAUGUUCAUAAGAGAACGUGAAAAAUACGAUCAUGUUAGACUGUUUUAUUUAUACAGUAAUGUACAAAUAGAGCCGGACAUCUCGAGUGCCUUUUGUGCACCGCAUUGAUUUUUUUUUCUUUUUCUUUUUUUACUUUUGUAUUACAAUUUGUGUAAACGUGUAAACACGUUGUCUAUUAGUUGUCAUAUUUAUUAUGAAUGUUCCUUUUGUAUGAUUACUCUUUAUUGCUGUUUUUGCAAUAAUUUGUCCAGGGUCAUUCUGAACUGCUUUUCUGUGCUGGGUGAGUGAUAAAAAGUAAAUUUAAAAACCACUAUGCACCUAAUCUACUGGUUGCCAAAUUCAGUAGAGUCUUCUCAGAAUAUUUAUUGCAUCUUGUUGUUUUCCCUGUGACGUGUCUGUGCUGUGCCUGAGCCAUAAAUUCCUCUUUUCUCUCUCUUCUAGUACAAAGCAAAGGCGUUGCAGUAUUGCUGGCAAACGCACAAAUGAGGGAUACUACUUGUAGAGCUUAAAAGGCACUUACUUCCUCUGUGUUUUUCCUCCAUGGGAUGUAAAAAGUCUCUCCUGAAACGGUUGCUGAGCAGGUGCGAUAAUAGGAUUAAAAACAAGAACCACGAAAAAAAAAAACUAGGAAAAAAAAUACAUUGCUGUAAGAUAGACGACUGUGCCUGUCUUGUUGUGAUGAUGGAAUGUGAGUUGUUGUCAAUCUUCUUUUAUUGUUCGUCUAGUGGUGUGUGUCUUGGUUAAUUAGAAGCCUGUGAUAUACCUUACCACAAAGUGGAUGUUGAAAAGAUGUGCAUCCGAAUAAAAUCAUUACUGCUCAA